AGCCACAAGAGGGCGUCAGUUUCAGUUAUUGGAGCCAUAAUUGGAAAUCUCGCGAUAUUACGGCUGUUGACGCGAUCCGUUUAAGGUAAGGUCCUGGAAGCUUUGUAUGUAGGGUUACUGCCAAUGUCCUUGACAGGUUCUUAAUGUGUGUAAAAAUAAAUGCACAAAAGGCUGCCACACAAAGCAGAAUGUCAGAGCGAACACGAACCCACGCUCCCAGCUUGCUGACCUUUCAUUCCAAAUCACAUAAGGACACAAUCCUUAAUAAAUUUGACACACUGAGGAAAAGACAAAUGCUUUGUGAUAUAACCCUCAUUGUAGAAGAUGUGCAUUUUAAGGCACAUAAGGCCCUGCUGGCUGCGAGCAGUGAAUAUUUCUCCUUAAUGUUCACUGCUGAAGACCAGGCCUGUCAGACUGUAUAUAGGCUGGACGGCAUGGCUGCAAAGACCUUUGCGUCUGUGCUGGAGUUCAUCUACAGUGCCAAUGUGGCAGUGGAGGAGAGCAGCACCGAGCAGUUGCUUGAUGUGGCCCGCUUGCUAGAAAUAAGUGAGUUAGUCAAGGCCCAUGCAGACUUUCAAAUUAGCAGCACAGCCUCAGCAACAAAUGUCUACUCGGAUGUAGGUGAUGGUGACACAUGCACAAAUGGAACCCCUUCCAAACGCAAAAGGGGACGGCCAAGGAAAAACACUAACCCUUCGGUACCAGGCUUAGUACUACUGCCUCAGGAAUCAAGUGAAAUACAGAACAGACUUCAUCCUGAACCUGCUAAAACUACAGUGGAUUUGUCUUUGGCCUCCCCAGAGUCCACAGAACCUAUAUGCAACUCUAAUCCCCUUCCCAAUGACUCAGAUGACGCUGAUUAUGACCCAAGCGAGGACAGACCCCGGUAUGGCAAGCGCCGAAUAAGGCAGCCGGUGAAACUAAAAAGCUACAGGCUAGGAGAUGAAAUUAGUGAAGGAAGAGUGCUGGGAAAGAGGGGCAGAAAGAGGAAAUACCCAGCCACAGAACCACGCUGUGAUGACUGCGGCAAAGUUUUUAAAAACCAUCUGUUUUUAAAAAUACAUCAGCGAACUCAUACAGGAGAAAAACCCUUCCGGUGCCAUGUUUGUGGAAACUGCUUUACACAGAAACACACCCUUUUAGUUCAUCAGCGCAUGCACACUGGAGAGAAGCCAUUUGUGUGCAACAUUUGCUCUAAAGCUCUCUCCACAAAGCACUCCCUGCAGGAACAUAUGAACUUGCAUGCAGAAAAGAAAUCUUUUAACUGUGACCAGUGUGGGAAAACAUACAGCCAGAAGAGGCAGUUAAAUAGUCAUUACCGGGUUCAUAGUGGAAAAGCAUUACCUGAAUGCGCACAAUGUCACCACAGGUUUAAGGAUGCAGCACAACUAAAGAAGCAUCUGAGAACACACACAGGUGAGAAACCUUUUACAUGUGAGAUUUGUGGAAAGUGUUUUACUGCCAAGAGCACCCUGCAGACACACAUCCGAAUCCACAGAGGAGAAAAGCCUUAUGUGUGCAACAUCUGCAACAAGUCCUUCUCUGAUCCUAGCGCCAGAAGACGCCAUGUCGCCUCGCACACAGGAAAAAAGCCUUACAUGUGCUCUGUGUGUAGUCUUUCUUUUACCCGUCUGGACAAUCUAAAAGCGCAUACUAAAACGCACAAUAAAGAGCGGCCAGAUGUGGAGGGCGCACAGCUAACCACAGUGGAGGCCAUGGAUGGGAAUGAGAAGAUGCACAAUGUCCUGGAGCUGCAGCAGUACCAGCUGCCCACUCACACAGAGCAGGAGAUCCAGUUAGUGGUUACCAGUGAAGUGGACAAUAUUAACCUAGUGGCAGGCCAGAAGCCGGGCAGCAUUAGCAUCAUCACUGCUGAGAAUGGGCCAGAGGAACUGGCAGCAGCAGGCCAGACCCAUUCCAGCCUCACCCUUCUCACUCAUCCCUCUGCACACAUCCAGAACCUGGCUCUGGUCACUCAGGAUGAACUAGACCCCAGUGCACAAAUCCAGACCAUCAGUGUGGUCGAAGGCCAGGUGAGCAGCGAGCAAGCUGAGCCAAUGCACGUCAUCACACUGACUAAAGAGGCAAUGGAGCACUUUCAGGUUCAGCACGGAGUUCCGCAACAGCUGCAAAUUAGCUCACGGCCCCUUCAGCAGCUGCAGGUGAUCCAGCAGGCCAUGCCUCAGCUUUCUGCUACACAGGAGCCUCCUAGAGAGCAGCACAACCAGAGUCACACAGGUGCUAUCCAUAUCAGCAGCCAAGCCGGCCAGCCAAUCUCCAUCAGCCAGACCAGCGAGCAGAUCCCCAGCACACAGAUCCAGGGACAGACCUUCCAGAUCCAGGCAGGUACUGUCUCAUACCUCUAUACCACAGGUCUUGCCCCACAGAGCUAAGGACAAGACGAAAGAGAAUAAGCUUCAUGCUUGUGCAAUGGGACAAAUUAUUCUAUUCAUCAGUUGUCAGAUUGUACGAUUUGGCCCAAAAAGUGACGUUUUAUUGAUGAUUUAAUAACAACAUUACACCAUGUGGUCAGUUUAUACAAGGUGGCUAAGGAUCAAGCCUAAUUCAGCACAUCUCAUGACAAAUGUCUCGCCACUUUAUUAAAUAAGUGCCUGUGGUACGUUGAUCAAAAAUACAUUACAUGCAUCUCUGCCCUCUAAACUGAACUGUUUUAAACAAAUUCUACGAAGUUUUGGCUCACAUGUAGAAAUUCAGCUGAAACUGGUGAAAAAGAUGUUAUAACAUGAAUGAAAGCAUGAUUUUAUUAUGAUCUAAGGUGCUAGAAUGGGAACUGGGUAACAGCAUGUUUGUUGUCUCCAAAUACUGGCGCUGCAAGCUCUGUGAAUUACCACCAAAAGAGUUAAACCAGCCAUGUUCAACUCAAAGGUGGAAUUCUACCUCUUACCUACCUAAAUAACAUUAAGAGGUCUCUAGACUUUUCAGAGUUUUGGAUGUAGUUCUUCUUUUUUUUUUUUUUCAAAAUAAAUAUUUUGUUGCUCUUUCAAACAAGUCUCUUGUCACUGGUCUCAGUCUUCAGAUGUAGUGUCAAUAAAGAUGUUAACAGUGUCA